AUGGCACCCUCCAACUGGAGAGAGUUCGGCCUGGGGCUGCUUCUCAGCCUCGCCUACCACCACUGGACCGUGACAUCAGCACGUCACUGCCCCACCCUCCCGUCCGACGCCACUGACAAGGUCAUCAGGGUGGGGAUCAUCCUCCCCUUCGAGGGCAACUACCCAUGGACCGUCAAGAUCACCCACCCCGCCAUAGCGCUGGCCUGGGAUCGGGUCCGGCGCAUGAAUAUUUUAAACGGGUACACCUUUGAACUCAUGACUCGAAACUCGAACUGCUCGGAUACUUUGGGGCCCCUGGCGGCCAUUGACCUCUACAUCAACAAGUCGGCGCACGUGUUUUUUGGCCCCGCGUGUGAAUACAGCGCGGCGCCUGUCGCCAGGUUUUCAUACUUUUGGGGAAUCCCCGUUUUGACGGGAGGGGCGCUGGUGGCGGCCUUUCAGGACAAGAACGAAUAUCGUCUGCUAACUCGAGUUCAGGGAGUCCUGGCCAAGGGCGCUGAGUUCACAAUAAAGAUGCUCCGGCACUACAACUGGAAGAACAUCGGCCUGCUCUACUUCGACGACAAAGCGCCGACCAACACGAAAAAACGCGACUACUACUUCGCCGUGCAGGCCGUGUUCGUCGAAUACAAGGCAACGUACGGACGCCAGCCGUACAACCGCGAGUUCAACUACAACCCGGACUUCCGUGAUAUUUUAACGGAGGUCUCACACAACGCCCGAA